AUGUCAGUUGUUCAGAUAGCGUACAACUUCUCGAGUUAUAGGGAAAAAGUUGAACCGGGCAAAAAUUUGAACGAUGUUCUACCCAGAAGUUUGGAGCAUUUUAAGCUCAGUACCGAAAACAGGUCGUGGGCCCUUUACCAUAACGGGAAGCACUUGCCACUUACCAUCCCAUUAAGACUUUUGAAUCUUGCCACUGGAGCGACUCUGGAGCUGAAAGAGCUGAAUAAUUUGAGGGAAUUGGACCAAAACCUAAAGCUUAAGUUUACCGUGCUGGGACAUGGUGCAGAAGUUUGGACAGGUCCAUCGUCGACCAAAAUUUUAGACGCUAUCCAAGAGAUAUUCGAACGCAAAUCAUGGCCAUUGAUAUCGGGCGACAUGAAACUGCAAUGUUUCUCCAAGGUCUAUGAUCGCAAUCAGAUAGGUCAGUCUACGUUUUCUGAACUUGGAAUCCUGGAAAACGUCGCAAUAAGGCUAUCUUUUGCCUCGAUAAUUGAAAAACCCAAGAAACAGUCUGACCAUCUCGAAACGAUAACGCCGCCUCCCAUGGAAAAGAAAGAACACGUUGAAGAUACCGUAGCACAUUCACCUCCAACGACAGGCAAUGAUCAAUCGAUAGCUGCUUAUAUUCCCGAUCCAAAUGUAUCUUUAGCCUCCUAUGAUAAUCAAGAAGAUGAGGAACUCGAGGUAACGGUCAACCACUUCAAAAAGUACCAAAAAAUGCUAUCCAAAACCACCGGAAGCGACCAACCAUUGUUGACGAAAAGGCUGCGAGAGAAAGAAAACCCGAUCAAAAAGAUAGACAAUUGCAAUGUUCGAGUACGCCUUCCCGACCGCACCUGUGUAGACAUCAAUUUCAAGCCGGAUGACACAAUCCGUUUAGUUUAUGAGGCUGUGACACGGUGUCUGGACGACAGAACCGCCCCAUUUGCAUUAUUCCACUCCCAUCCGCAUCAAGAAAUUCCAAAUAACGACUCAAAAUUAACGGAGGAUUUGCACUUUGGUUCAAAAACUCUUCUGGUGCUAGAAAGCGGUAACAAAGACCUGAAACUCAGAUCUGAUCUAAUCGAAAAGGCAAAGACACUUGCAAGUCUUCGUGAUACAGAUGACAAUGUAAAGCAAACCUUAAGUAGUCCUUUACCAAAAACUUACGAAAAGAAGACAGGUUUAGGGUUGCGCUCUGGGCAAACACCAAAGUGGCUAAAGCUAGGUAAAAAAUGA